AUGGGUCAGCGCCAUCAGGUCUUUAUCAUCGCUCGCGUUCGCUCCAAGGAUGGCAAAUCCAUCCGCUAUCGCUGCGUUGCGGCCAUGCACCAUCAGUGGUGUUAUGGCCGUCUCCCUCUGCGCGCCACCCAUCGCUUCAUAUCGCUCGCAAAACAACCUAUCAAUUCGACCCUCAUUCAGAUGGACUUGCUUGCCGUCCAGGAUCGAUGGUCUCCAGUUGCGAUCCCGACUGAUCACGACAGCCUUUCUUGGGCUCCUUGUGCCUACAUAUCUUAUUUGUUGCACACAGCAUGGAACGUAGACCUCGAGGAUCCGUCUCUGCCUUAUACUAGUGGGACUCGCUUUGACAAUGACAUACUAAACCCCAACAUGCGUAGUGGAGGCGGAGACAACAACGAUGGUAUAACGGUCAUUGACAUAACCAACCCAUCCUCUCCCGCAUAUUGUUUCGUGUCCACCUAUGGCCUCGAGGCCGCCGGCGACGUCCCCCAGUGGACUCCACUCACCGCCUCUCGGGCAUACUACCCUGUGCCAUACAUAGAUCCCAUCGAAGACAAAGCGGAAAAUGAUCCUAAGAUGAAAGACCACGCCAAUGCCCUCGAGAAGAAUGUCCAAGAGACCAUAGCCCUUCUUGAUGGUGUACCUCUCGUGACCGCCGACAUGCUCGCACAAGCGUGGCCGAAAGAAUAUGCGCCUCCUCGAGCAAAGGCAGGGGACCAGCGCUCUCAGGACGACGACUCCGAGAAGCCUACACACAUCGCAGACCUUGUCGAAACUUCCAUUGUCCCCGCAAUCAAAGUCGUUGUCUUCGAUGGUGAAGACUCGACUGCGCUUGAACGGAUCCUUGAGCAGCGCGAUCGACUCCCCGUCGUCAAAGCAAUGUUUUCCAACCUUUUCAUGGAGAACGGUGUUCCUGCGGAGGGAAUUCCGCUCCUGACGAAGAUCCUCGCUGCUAAUACCAAGCUUGAUUCCGAGGCUACAUCAUUGGAUCUUUCUCAUUUGCAGCUAAGCGCCGACCAAGUCGUACAGCUCGUAUCACAUCUGAAACCAAGAGUCGACUCACUUGACGUAUCGCAUAACUGUCGUCUCGACAUCCCAGCCUUGGAGCGCAUCAUCACCGACAUACCUUCUCUCCGUCGUCUCAAUCUGUUCAACUGCCAAUCCAUCGGACUCGUCGAACUGAACAAACUCCUCAGCUCCCGUCCGACCUUGUUCAUGAAUCUCUCUUACAUUCUCCACGACCUCUUCCUCACACUUUAUCCUGUCGUCAGCCUCUCCCCGACCCACUCUUUCUCCAUCGACUCGCGCGGCAUGUACAACGACAGUCUUACAGUCAGCCUCCCAUUCUUUACACUGGAACGUGUCGUCCGUGCCUUCACCGACCUAGUCUCUCCCUAUGCGGUCGCCAGGGGCCCCCACCAAUCCAGCAUCGACUUCCCAGGGAAGAACGUGUAUGCCGUCAGCGCUGCCUUAUCCCGCGAUGAUACCACCAUUACCGUCGACGGGAAAGAGGAGACUCCGAAGUGGAAUGAGAGAAAUGUCGUGAUUAUCCCCAAACAUACACGCCGCGUGAACGCUGGCUGGAUACUCCUCUUCUAUAGCCAGAGCUUUUUCGACGCCGGGUACUACGGCUUCGUCGACCUCAGCGACACUGGUAGCUCUGGAGCGGACGCACAGUCUUCACAAGGCCAUACGGAGGAGUCGGAGACGCAGACGUCGACGGACGCUGACCCAAAGCCCGCUCAAAAACCGCCGACUUUGCCUCGCGUUUACGACCUCCGUGAAUUUUUGUCUCGAUGCAUGGAAAAAGACCCGGGAAGGGUGCCUGCGAAGGAGGAAAGCGUGAAGAAGCUCGAAGAGGUGUUGACCAGCAUGAAGGAGCGUCGACUGAUUCGAAUGAUGUCAGACGUGCAGGCAGCGCAGCUUACGAACAGAGCGGGAUGAACAAAGGAGCAUGGAGCUCUGGAUCCGUCGGUGUCUGAAUGCCUGAAGACGCAGUAUGUUUCUAAUUCUUGGCAGUUGAAAUGUAUGAUUAUGAAGAAUUGUGACCGGC